CAGCAAGUUAAGGGUCGACCACGAUUGAGAACGAUUUCAAUGAGUUAGCUAAAGUUCCAGAGCGGAACUAUAAUUUUCAAACUAGAAAGUCAAGAUCAUAAUUGGGCUCCUAUAAAAUUAGUCUAUUAACCUAGCUUGUGCUACCUAAAUCCUAUUUUGUAAUUUGAUGGGGGCAAACAAAUUAAUCUAAAUCUAAAAAAUUAGCUGAGCUGCCACUAUAAAUAGUUAGAUAUGUUACUUGCAAGCUUACUUGCAGCCAUUCACAACUGAAUAACGAUAUUUACACGCCAGGUCCGAUUGAUUGUGCAAAGGCCUUAGUUUAAGGUCCAUGUAGACUGCUUUAAAUGAGCGUAGCUAGGCUUAUAGCUAACCAGCGAGUCUCUACGUUAGCUAGUUACCUGCUAUUUAUAAUUUUCAUUGGCAGCUAGCCUUUAAAAAAAUGAUAUAGCCAUCCCAACCAGACCCUUUAGAAAAGCUGGAAAUCAGCAAUUCACUCACCUAUGGAUUUUUAAAAUUGUUCUGUUAAAUAUAAACUCGUACACAGGAAAGUGUCACCCUGUUUUCAUUCGUGAAAAGUCGUCGUUCAGAUGUCGCUGCGGCGCACGGUGAAGGUGGUCGGCCUUGGCGCCCUGGCCGUCACGCUCAGCGUGGAGUGGCUGGGCUGGCUGCGCCGCCGUCUACGGCGGUGGCGACGCGGCCGCCAGGGUCCGCUGAAGGAGGUGCUGUUCUUCCCCACCGCCAUCACCUGCGUGGAGCACCUCUACACACCUGAUCCCAGAAUCAACAGUGCUUGUCUGUUUGGCAGCCCCUGCCCCUGCCCGCUGCCGCACGGCCUGGAGACCUCCUUCACGCGGCUCCUGCGGCACCUCCUGUCGGCCGCGGCGUCGCUGGACCUGUGCGUGUUCGCCUUCUCCAGCCAGGAGCUGGGCCGCGCCGUGCUGCUGCUGCAGGGCCGGGGCGUGGCCGUGCGCGUGCUCACCGACAGGGACUACAUGCGCAUCACCGGCUCGCAGAUCGGCGCCCUCCGCAGUGCAGGGAUCUGUGUGAGGCACGAGAUGGGGGCGGUCCACAUGCACCACAAGUUUGCGGUGGUGGACGGGCGGCGUCUGAUCACAGGCUCGCUCAACUGGACGCUGACGGCCAUCCAGAGCAACAAGGAGAACAUCCUGGUGACCGAGGAGCCGGACCUGGUUCUUCCUUUCAUCGGGGAGUUCCAGCAGCUGUGGGAUGCCAAUGACCCGGCCCGACACUACCCCAGGGCCACUCCACCCUCUGACACACUGGCGCUCCCCAGAGAGACCGCUCCCUCUGUUUAAUCAUCCGUAUACUCUCAUGCUGCGCGUCGUACGACUAUGGUGAUUUCAUCUAUUGGAUUUUAUACCCUGUAGUUUGGUCCUCCCGCAGCAAGAGGCCACUACACUAAACUUAUGAUGCAGUCCCCUAUUAUGCAGUCUGUGAAAUAUCCCUGUGCAUGCCUUUUUUUAUUAAAGACAAUCAAUACAAAUAUGUAUAACAAAUAUCAGUUUUGCAAUAAUAA